AUGGGCAAGACGGAUAUAAAGUGGAUUAGCAUGGACACAAAAAGACAAUCUGACAUGCACCAAGCAUGGGCUAGCGGAAACCAUGCAGAUGGAACCCCCGUCGUGGAAGUCAUGCACACGUCUGCAUCAAGACCGGGCGUUUUAGCUUGA